AUGUCAUACCCUCAGUUUGGAUACCCUUACUCUUCUGCACCACAGUUCCUGAUGACCACUAAUUCCCUGACUACUUGCUGUGAAUCUAGCGGCCGGACGUUAGCAGACUCCGGGGCAGCUGGCUCAGCUCAGACCCCAGUCUAUUGUCCUGUGUAUGAGAGCAGGCUGCUGGCCACAGCUAGGCAUGAGCUCAAUUCCGCCGCAGCCUUGGGAGUCUAUGGGAACCCUUAUACCGGCACCCAGGGCUACGGAAACUACGUUACCUACGGCACUGAAGCGUCUGCCUUCUAUUCUUUGAAUAGUUUCGACUCAAAAGAUGGGACUGGAUCUGCGCAUGCGGGCAUCACACAGGCAGCAGCAGCUUACUAUCCCUAUGACCACACGCUCAGCCAGUAUCAAUAUGACAGGUAUGGCACGAUGGAUGGGGGAACACGGAGGAAAAAUGCCACUCGAGAAACCACCAGCACCUUGAAAGCCUGGCUGCAGGAGCACCGAAAGAAUCCCUAUCCGACAAAGGGUGAGAAGAUCAUGUUGGCCAUCAUCACUAAGAUGACUCUCACACAGGUUUCCACCUGGUUUGCCAAUGCCCGCAGGAGGCUCAAGAAAGAGAACAAAAUGACUUGGCCACCUCGAAACAAAUGCUCAGAUGAGAAAAGACCCUAUGAGGAGGAAGAAGAGGGAGAGGAAGAGUCCCAGGAAGACCAUCUCAAGAAUGAGAAGAAUGAUGCUGACCGGGUCCGCAAGGAAGAGAAGGAACUCGAGCUUAGUGACUUAGAUGAUUUUGACCCCAUUGAGUCAGAGAGCUCAGAGUGCGAACUGAAGCCGCCCUUCCAGCACCUGGACAGCGGCCACAUGCGUGCAGCCUCAGGAGGCACUGACUGUCCAGGGGACUCUUGCAAGGAGACUGCUACCUCUCUAAAAAUGUCGCUCCCUGGAAGCGUCCAGCUGGAGGAAGAUGUGGAUCGGACCAAGAACUGCCUCAAGAGCGUAGUAGAUGAAUGUGAGCAAGAUCUAGUAGUGGGAGGGCGACAGAGGGGCUGCGACUCUAAAAUGUGCUUCCAGCAGCCGGGAGAGUCCCAAAUCUUGGAGGCCAAGCCCCGGAUCUGGUCCCUAGCACACACAGCCACGUCUCUGAACCAGACUGAAUACCCUUCCUGCAUGUUGAAGCGCCAAGGACUCUCCUCUUCUUCCUCAUCUGCCUCCUCUUCUUCUUCCUCCACUGCAGUCUCAGCUCCCAGCGGUCUCGACAGGCAUCAAGAUUCCCCUGUCACCAGUCUCAGAAACUGGGUGGAUGGGGUCUUUCACGACCCUAUUUUCAGGCACAGUACUUUGAACCAGGCCUUGAGUAACACUACGGUGUCCUGGGCUACGACCAAAGGAGCCAUCCUGGAAACGGGAGCCCUGGGACGCUCUCUAGGAAACAGCACGGACAUGCUGAAGGGGCAUCUGGCAAACUUCCCCCCACACCACCACCACCAUGACUCCAAUAAGGAGCUCCUCUCCUUUCCCAAAUCUGGCAGCAAAAUGUUCUGUUCCUAA